AUGCGGCUUAAAAACCUGUCCACCUCAUCUGAUAGUCAUUUAGGUAUCUCAAAGUUUGCAUCCUGGUUACUUCAAAUUGGGGAUGGACUCAUUGGUGAAAUUGAUGCAUGCGAUAAGACAAAUACCAAAUGGGUUGAGAUUCCUAUGUCACUGAUCAUACCUCCAACAAAAAACGCAUUACACAGCCUUAUAGACUUUGUUUAUGGAGAUGAUAUUCUGAAAAAAUCCUCUGCUUCGACUCUGUCUGCUAGAGCAAUAGUUUGUCCAAAAAAUGAAACAAUCCAAAAAAUAAAUGAUAUAGUUUUGCAGAGAAGUCCUGGUGAUUCAAAGAUGUAUGAAAGUGCUGACAGUAUUGAGUUCAAUGGGAACCAAAGUACAGAGUUUAAUACUUUCUAUCCAUUAGAGUAUUUGAAUGCCUUGACCUUCCCUUCCAUAUCUGUGCAUUCACUGUUAUUGAAAAUCAACACUCCUGUUAUGCUGAUUCGGAACAUAAACCAAAAAGAAGGUUUAUGCAACGGCACACGACUGAUGGUUUCACAGUUAUUGUCCACCGUUAUUGAGGCAACAAUUAUUACUGGGACUUCCAUUGGGAGCAAAGUUUUAAUCCCCAGAAUUAGAUUUAUUCAUAAAGCCCCUGAUAUACCUUUUACCUUUGUUAGGAAACAGUUUCCAUUAAAAGUCUGUUAUGCUAUGACUAUCAACAAAAGCCAGGGGCAAUCUUUAAAAAAAAUUGGAAUUUAUUUGCCUCACCCGGUAUUCACACAUGGACAACUUUAUGUCGCAUUGUCUCGUGCUACCUCUCCAGAUUCUGUGAAAAUACUUAUAGAUUCUGAUGAAAACACUGCAAAUAAUAAAACGAAAAAUGUUGUUUUCAGAGACUUCCUACACAAAGUUAAUACUUCAGAGGUACGAAUCUUGCGUAUGUGGACACCACAGAUUAGAAAUCAUGAGACAUGGUUCUUGGCUGUUGACAAAAAUAUUCUGGGACAAAGAAAAGAUCAAAGCUUUCUACAAUCCGUUCUCAUUCCUUCUAGAUGCUACACAAUUGAGAAGUAUGGAUGUGGAGUACCGGAUCGUUAUCAAAAGUGGAUCAAUAAUGAAUUCUACAUGGCUGUUGGGACAGCAACCUCUAUUACACCUCUUCCAGACACUGCCAUUAUUCCAAAACAUUGGUUUUCUUUUGUUUCCAAAACACAGAUACCAGAUUACAAUGAUCAACAUGCAGAUUUUGUUGGCUUCUUCAGCAAGCUUAUCAACUGCACGAAAAAAGAUAGUGAACCAUACCUAUUGUUGAUACUAAAAAAUGAUUUCGGUGAAGACAUUGCAAUAAGUUUAUGGAAGGAAUUCACCAGUGUGUCUUCAAAGUUUGAUCGUGUUGUUCUCGAAAAUGCUCCUGCACCUGUCAUAGUCGCCAUAACCAUCAUAAAGUUCUCUACUUACGCAGGAGCACUACGACUUGGAACAAGUAGUGCUACUCAUCUAUACAUCAACCCACCAAUUCCAGAAAUGAAACUACUAAUGGACAGUUACAAUACAUUACCUGAGGUACCUGUUUUUUUAGAUCCUCCAAUACAAUUGUCGAAAAUACUCGACAAAAGUCAUUCUGAUCUUUCGGACAGAAUUCUUACGACAAAGGCUUGCAUAAUUGAAUAUAUCUUCUCAGACUCUUGGUACCAUGUUCAAUGUCCGAAAUGCAAAAAUACAACUUUCAAACAAGGGAAAAACUGGUUUUGUCCAUCAGAUGGAAUACUUGAGUCUCCAUGUAGCACGUUUAAAUUGAAUGCAGUUAUUAAAGAUGAAAGUCAUUCCAUGACUGUUGUGCUGUCUGAUAAUGCAACACAGGAAUUACUAGGCACAACAGCAGAUAACCUCAGAUCAGACAACAACACAGAUGACAGAAAGGAAGUACCACCAAUUGCUGUCUCUUUACUAAGAACUCCAAGAAAAAUGAAAAUUCGCAUGACAAAUACAUCAAAGGACAACAACAUUCGAUUCAUUGUUACAAAUAUCGAAAAAACGCCUUCUGAAGUACCACCUUCCAUGACAACACCACCUCCUGAUCGUCCAACUUCUUCAAAAAAUACUAAUGAAGAAAGUGCUCAGAACUACCAACAGAGUAAACAAAAUGUUAGAAGAUCACUUCCGUUUGAAAAUCCAGACACAGUUACUACAAAACGAAAAGCCGCCCUUAAAAUGGAAUAG